UGGGUGAGACAGCGCGGAGCUGAAGUGAGCAGCUCGGUGAGGAACGAGAAGCGAGAAGCGAGAGACGCCAGCGGGAAUAACAACAGCAGCAGAGGCCGCAGGAGGCUCCGCUCACACCGCCUCACACCCCCGGACCGUCGGCCCACUACGACCCGGAUGCCUCAAUGGCUGCACACUUCACCAUUUCAGACAACGAGUCGGAGACGUCGGAGGAGGUAGAGGAAGUAGAAUUGAGCCAAUCAUGGCCUGAGCCGCGGCAGCAGGUUCUCCAGCGCCACGCCCUCACCUUACCUGAACUCAACAUUGCAGCGCCCGGUCGACUCAGGCUGAACUCAGAGUCCCACGCCUACACGGUCUCACGAGACGAGGAGUUCCAGGCCAGGGCGGAGGAGGAGGCUGGCACGCCCACCGACAGCGCUCCAUUCCGGGGACGGUCCAAGUCGGCUCCCCCGGCACUGUGGGCGGCAAAGAAGUACGGCCGGAAGCUCCGGAGGAUGAGCGACGAGUUUGACAGCCUGCUGGACAAAGGGGCGAUGAGGAAGGUGAAUAGCGCCGGGACGGCCGGCCAGUUGCACCACUCUAGAAGCUGGUGGAGCUACCUCUUCAGUCACCAGGAGACGGAGGGAGAGAACAACCACCUUGAGAACCAAACUCACCGCACUGAGUAGGCACCGAGAGUGGAUAUAAGAGCAACAGAGGGAAUCGAUGGGAACGAAAGCAAGCAACGGGGAAGCCAAGUGAACAAUUGUGAUUGAGAACAGUGAGCUCUGCUCGGAGUAGAAAUGGAAGAAAGGUUGGUUUGAUCAAAAGGAGGAGACUCCAAACACAAAGGCAUGGCUUAACGGGAGAAGCAGUACGUAGUACUGAGGUUCUAAAGCCUCCAGUCAUGUACAUUUUACAACUAAAUUGAUAUAAAUUGUGUGUUUUUUGUUGGUUGUGAUGUGAACAACACUGUUGGGCAGCUCACUGUGAACUGGUCAAAUGUGAGACGAGCAUGAGGACUGACUUGUGGCUUUCCAAACCUACCGUGCAAACGGAUGGAAGGACGGGCCGAGAGAGGAGAGGCGACCUCUUUAAAUCGCAACAAAAGAAUAUAACGAUGGGACUAGAACGGUGAACUAUCAGUUAGUAAAAGACACUCAACCUUUUCAGUUGUCUCUCACAUCAACACUAUGCAAUAUACUGUAGAUGGAGAGAUAAAUGUGCUGAAAGCAAAACGUGACUUUUUGAGACCACCUUGAAUGCUGUUAGAACUUCCUUCCUUCCUCAUUUACUUGAGGAAAUGCCAGAAGUUUGUGUGAUGCUUGUUUUACUCCAAAUGUUGGCGCUUGAAUCGCACAAGAAAUCCCUGUAUUGUGCCAAAAUAAUCUUCAGGCAACAGAAGUGAGGAGAGAGGGUAAAAAAGGAAGGAUUUUCUGUAAGUAUUCAACUCAGGGGGCCUUUCUCCAACUUCCUGUUCUGCUACCAGAACCGUUUCUAUCACUGUACUCGACUAUCACCACCUGCUUUAUAUCUCAAAUUUAUCAAACGAACAAUCUUGUACAAGGACAAUCUUUGACAAUGCAGAAAACAAAUAUCUUUUCUACAAUUUCAGGGUUAGAUUAUAUCGGAAGGAAAUGACAUUAAACAGACGUAUAAAAAAGAGAAAGCACAAACCAAUAUUAAUCUAUCUUUUUAAAGCCUUGGAUGAGCAAAUGAAAUAAAACAGACUGUCAAUUUUAUGUGUAAAUAUUGUUAAUAUUAUCAAAUGGCAUUGGGGUUAUACGUGGCAUUGGUUUUUACCUAGAAUCGAAUUUCAAAAGUCUGGCCAACCCAGCAAUAGGCAAUGUACAAUCCAUGGCUGUUGUGAUAAAUGUUAUGUGCUUAUUUAAAAGUUGUGGGUGGGGAUGGAGUGACUGCUGUACAAGGUUUUAAACACACUAGCCGUUGGGCCCAUUUUCUCAGCACCCAGUGAAAAAUAGAAGAUAGAUUCAGCGUCCAGCCCCUUUGACUACUCGCAAUCCUGUCACGUAUAUAUAAGCAUUACAUGUGUAGGGGGGAGGGGGGGGAAUAAAAUGGAAUCAAGCUGUUAAGAGUGCUGAUCUAAUUACCAAUUUAUAUAUUUACUGGCUUUUGAAGAUUCCUUGGCACAUAAACCCCAAAAUACUACUUUUUAUUUAUUUUCUAAUUGCUCAUAUUAAUUAUUAUACAACUAAGAUCUGCCCCUCUAUACAGCUCGGUAAUUGAUUCGGCUAUUUGUGAUUUGUCUAUCAAUGUGUGAUUAUUGGAAAUGUUAAUGGGUUUGUUCUCCUUGUGUCUUACGCUCGACUCGUAGGGUCGAGUUGUGGCGUGCCAAGCUGUGCAGGGCAAGGGCUGCGUUUGUUAUCGUCUUGAAAAAUCAACUUUGCUACAGCUUUUUUGAUACUUUAAAAAAAAAAAAACUUGGCUAAAGACAAUUCUUUGUAUCGAGUUAGAGAUCCUGACAAUCUGAAUGACAUCUACCCUUUUUUCUAAGAUUUGUCCAAGUCUCCUGUGUGUUUUUGUAAUGAUGAGUUGACUGAAAUAUCUGGUUUGAAGCUCUUAACACAAUUAAUAGUUAGAAUAUCCUGUUUGAGUCAUACUGCUCAAAAACGAGUGACUCCACUGUGUAAUGAUAUUAAAUAUAAACAGCGGAGUCAGGAAUGAGUGUUAAAGUGAGAAUAGUACUUCUAACCUGUCACUUCCUGUACAUCUACCUAUACAAAUACUACAGUUUGCAGCUGUGUGGUGUUGUGAGCUUGGGACCAGAUGUGACCGCUUCACUCUUUAAAAUAAAGAUCAGCUGAAAUUUGAAAGAGUAUAAAUAUUCUUAUGAACUGCCUUGAACAUGCUGUAACCCACAACCUGACACCACACAGCCGGCCUUGUCUCUACGCCUUAUCAAACGCCUUAAAUCUUCACAGCUCGCUGUCAGUCAUUGAACUCAAGAAAGAAGCACAUUGACGUGGAGGUGCGUUUGCUAGCACAACUGCGAGGGGAAACAUUUUUAGCCUUAAAGGGCGUUUCAGUGGAAGUCACGUGACCAGUAAGGGCUUUGACUUUGAAAACAUUUAUGACAGUGAACACACCUGAGGAAAAACCUACCGUGGCACCUGGAGUUCUGCAACCAUCCUUAGUAUUACUUGAAUCUAGAGAUGUGUUUUAGAGAAAAUUGAAUUUGUAAUAUUCCUUUAUUUCUUAUUUUAGUUUGAUUCAUUUUUAAUGACUUUUGUAAAUGUAUUUUCUCUACAGCUGUCUAACUUCUGGUAUAUGCUGUCCUAAAUAAAUCAUUUUAAGAGUG